ACAAAGAAAGGAGGUUGGAGAAAUGUUGUAUCAAGAAGACUCUGAAAUAGCUCUGAGCAGCCCCAGUGAACAGAUUGCAUACUUACUGGUGGACAGAAGUAAAAUCCUGAGUAAAUUGGAAUGUGGGGACUCAAAGCCAGAGUCACAAAGAUGUAUGAGCAGUAACCUACUGAAAGAAUUUGCCCAGGCCCAUAAUGAAGACAUAGAAAAAGAUAAAACAUCACAAAACUGCAUAGAGAGAAAUGUGGAACAAAUAGCAAAGAGGUUAAGGAUGGUCCAUGAAGAGAUCCGAAGGCUCACUGAUGAACUGCAAGGGAAUGAGAAAGAACAGAGUAAGCUAGAUUCUGCACUUGAAAAGGCUCAACUAGAAAUUGACGAGCUGAAAGAAAAUCUGACAAAGUUGAAAGAAAAUGAUUCAGUUGACCUAAAGAAAGCAAAGGAACACAAUCAGAGACUGAAUGAGGAAAUUCUGGCUUUAAGAACUCGGGUUCGAUCACUUGACUCAGAAAAAAAAGUGCUUGGAGAAGUGGUUGAAAGGCUUAAAGGAGAGAUUCGUGAAUCUCAAGAGAAUAAGCAACUUGGAAACCACUCCCCUUGGAAAACUGUGGGUGCUGAACAGAAAGUACAGAUAUUGAAAAUGAGCCAAGAAAAAAUUGAAAUAUUUGUAAGUGAGUUGUCAGAGGAGAGAGAACGGACAAAGGAAUUGACAUCUAAUAAUAACACUAUACAGAAGGCUUUGAAAGUUGAAAGUGAGGAUUUGCAAAAAUCAAAGUCAGAACUUACAUAUCUUUAUAAUGAAAUUCACAGUUUUCCAGGGACAACAGAAGACCAUUUGUUAAUAGCAUAUAACCUGCUCCAAAGAGAAAAUUCUGAUUUAGAAACAAAGAAUCUAUCAUCUAAAGAAAAACUGAAAUACCAGCAGCAGCAAGAAGAAGUACAACAACUUCGCCAGAAUUUGCACCGGCUCCAGAUUCUCUGCAGCUCAGCUGAAAAAGAGCUCCGAUAUGAGCGGGGAAAGAACUUGGACCUAAAGCAACAUAAUAGCUUACUUCAGGAAGAAAGCAUUAAGCUCAAAAUUGAACUCAAGCAGGCCCAGCAGAAGUUAUCAGACAGCGCAAGGCUGUGCUCUCCACCCCCAGCAGAGUGGAAGCACUGUCAGCAGAAAAUCAAGGAGCUGGAGCUGGAAGUACUGACACAGGCUGAGAGCAUUAAAUCACAGAACACCCUGAAAGAAAAGCUGGCUCAGGAGAAAUCCAAAGUUGCUGACGCAGAGGAAAAGAUUUUGGAUCUACAGCAGAAAUUAGAACAGGCUCAUAAAGUCUGUCUCACAGAUGCUUGUAUUUUGGAAAAGAAGAACCUAGAGGAAAGGAUAACAGAAGAACAACAAAAGAGGAAACUCCUAGAUCAAAAUAUAAAUGAGCUACAACAAAAAGUGAAAAUCUUACUAGACAAAGAGAAUAUGCUAGAAAUGACCAGUUCUCAGCAGCAACACAGAAUUCAGCAACAAGAGGCCCAACUUAAACAACUGGAAAAUGAAAAAAGAAAAUCUGAUGAGUAUCUCAAGAGCUACCAGGAAUUGUCAGAGAAGGUGUCUGGGUUGCAGCAAGAAAAGGAAGCUCUACAUAAAGAAUAUGGGAAAUUUUUGAAGCAGCUUGAUGUCCAUGUGAGAAACUAUAAUAAAAAACAUUAUCAUCACAAAACCAAGCUUCACAGAGUCAAGAGUCGUUUCGUUCACGAAGUAGAGCUUCGAGACGAGAGAAUUAAACUACUUGAAAAUGACAUUGGAAUACUGCGGCAAAAAUUAGAAAAGGAGAAGGCAUUCCAGGACCAGGUCACUGCCCAAAAUGAUAACCUGCUCCUAGAAAAUAGGAAGCUUCUGGAGCAGCUCAUGGAGCAAGAAAAAUUGAUCCAUGACAACAAAUGCACGAUAUCGUCUGUUCAGCACAGAGUACUUUUCCUGGAUAAAGAAAAUAAGCAUUUACAGGAAAACAGUCUCCAGCUCACAGAACAGGUUGGCCUCUUAGAACGCAUUAUAAGAAGCAUCCAGAUUUUCAGAGGAGAGGAAACAAUACUGACUGGCAUCUCUGAAUAUGACCCAUUGAAUAAAAUCUUGCCCCUACCAAACUCCAGAAUUCUGAAGCUGGAUACAUACAUACACUGUGGAUUCUCUGAAAAAAAGUACAUCACAUCUACGAACAAGUCCAAAAGUCAGAACUAUAAAAUCACUGAUGUCUAAAACUAGACUCAUCAAAGCUGCUCACUUAAAGCUUGGACAUGAAGGUGGAACAUGACAUGGAGAAGUUAUAAUAGAUUUCCUGCUGGACGUCAACCAGGAAUCUUCAAAAUUGCUGAUAAAUUCAUUAAACCAGUUCUAAAUAUGGA